AUGUAUAGGUACAUAUUUCCUGGUAUCUUGUCAGUACCAUCCACAGCUCACAGUGUACUGCUCACAGUGUCAAUUGCAAUCAUAUGGAACCAGCUCUCAUACAUGAAGCCUUCCACUGCUCUGCGGUGGCAAAGUCGCGGUGGCAAAGUCAUACUGAAAUCAAUGGAACUCCAAGCUUACAAUGCAUUGCCUAGUGAUCAACCUGCGUAUGGAAUGUUGAAAUUCCUACAAAGUUUCGAAAGGGCUCUUUUGCUGAUUAUUAGCAAUGGGUUGAUGAAAAUGCCUGGUAAAUCCUUAAAGGAAGCCUAUUACCUUAAAAUGACUUUGGUAAGGCUGCUUGUGUUGUGCUCUUUUUUGAACUACGUAGCGGAUCCUGUUAUAAAUGCCAAAGUUGAAAGAUUUGAAGUCUCAGAGUUCAAACUCAACAUAUCUAAUGCUUCCCAAGGUUCUCGUCCGAUAACGAUGAUUAUAUGCUUUGAUAUUAGGAAAAGAGAUGUUGACUUCCGAUGCUUUGAUAUUAGGAAAGAGAUGUUGACUUCAGAGUUGCCUUUGCUAAUAACUGCCUUUAUAGAACCUUAUGAAAUGUACCGGACUCAGCCUGAUUCUUCAUUGGUCUUUGCGUACAACCGGUCCACUGAUAUUCAAAAGCAUUGCAGUUCUUUUCUAGCCUCAGCAUCUGCACUAAAACCAGAUGAUAACAUGGGAAGUAGGCUCAAGAAUGAACUCUCCUUUUAUCUCGGAGAUUGGGACCAGGAAACUGAUGAUGCACCAUUGAUACAAUUCGAUGACGAUGGUGCCGUCGAUGCAACUUCCUUACUCAAGUUGGCAUCCUUUGAAGUAAAGGAUGUCAAUUCUAUCCAGCAACUUAACAACACUGUAAGCCUCGGAGGGGUUCUAUCUUUAGGCAUAUCCAAGGAUAGUUCAUUCGCUUACAAUGUCGGCCUAGAAUCCAGGAUGAAUCCAGGUUCAUCUGUCGUGAACAUUGUUUUCGAAGGGGUUUAUAUGGAGACACAGGAGAAUGGAGGUGAACGUUUGAUGUGUUUUGUAGGAAGUUCAUCUUCAUCUUUACCUUCUACAGAAACAUGUGACUGCGACGAGAUCUCGGAGCUUCGAACUAGCCGUGUUCCUAUAUGCUUUAAACGCCGUCGUUUUGGUUUCUUACAAGAUGAUCAUGUUUUGCUUGUUCUACGCUAUCCUAAAGUCUUCAAUUUGACCCAAAGAGCAAUCCAGGGAGAAAUGAUAAGUCUAAAUAAACAAGGAGAGACAAGGUACUUCAGUAAAGUCAAUAUCUCAUCUCAUUUGAGUGGCAACUCGAUAUACGAAUUUAGUUCAGAAUUGAUCCGCUCUACAACUUUUGAUCCACCCCCUUUCCAAGAUGAUUUUUUGGAAGAUGGUUUCCAGAUGUUUACUGCUAGAGAAUUCUGUCAAGUGCUUUACCAUUCUUCCGGUGAAUCUUUAAGUACUGCUCCAAAUUACAGGUUCAACAACAGCUAUAAGAACCAGAUCCAUGAAAAAAUAGGCCCUUUCAUGCUCCAGAAGGAGAUGCAGGCUGCUGAUGGUUCGAGUUUUGACAAUGUAAAGCUCAUUUUUCAACAUGUCAAAUGCGAGCAAGAUACUAACAGAACCGGCAUUGCAAAGGUUUCUGCAGUGCUGAGAGCAUUUAACAAAGGAAGCUUUCAACAUUUCGAAAGAUUAAGAACUGGUCUUUCGGGGUUGACUUUAGCUGCUGAGGGUAUAUGGAAUUCUUCUUCUGGACAGCUUUUCAUGGUUGGAUGCCAAGGGACGGUCGAAUCGGGGUUUGAAGGAUGUGAUUACGUGAUUGCAAUGUACUCUCCACGUUCAUUUUCCAUUAAGCAGAGAAGCUCCUUGUUUGGAGCCAUAUCCAACGUGAAAAAGGAUAUAGCUUUGGACAAUCCUUUAUAUUUUAAUGCAAUAAAAGGCAUUGGCAGCAGAGAUAUCAUGGAAUAUUUACCUUACAAUUAUUCCAAAAUCAACUUGGUCAAUGCGUUUGAGAGUAGAACUCUACCUUAUCAAAUUCUAAACAUUGUCAAACAGUGGCUCUUCCAGUAUCCGGCUCUGAAAGAUGCAGGAGAACCGCUUACUCAGUUGAGCCAGUUGACCAAUAAUCUUGCUUUAGAUGGCUAUGUAGUCCCAGAUGAUCAGCAAAUUGCUAGGCCAAAAUCUCGAGUCCUCAUUCAGCUCGAGUUGUUUACUUUAGGUCCAUUAUAUGGAUGGUCUGAACCCAAUUUGAUGAAGGGAAAUCUCAGAAAGAAACCAGUCAUUACAAAAGAUGAUCUCACAAGCUGCCGGUUCUUGAAUGUGUCGGUGCAUCUCACAUUCAAAACCGAGAAAGAAUACAAGCAAACAACUUACAAAAAUGUCUCAGAAUUGUCCCUGGAAGGUCUAUAUGACCCUAUUUUUGGUGAGAUGCAUUUGAUUGCAUGUAGGAAGGCUUUGGUUGCGAGUAUCGGCUUAGAACGAGGCCAAGAUUGUCUUAUAACAGUUAAAAUUCAGUACCCGCCUGUAAACUUACAAUGGUGGCAAAAACCAAUUGUCAAGAUCACCAUCAGAAGCCAAAGGAAAGAAGAUGAUCCCCUCUACUUUAGCUUGAUUACCAUUCGUACUCGUUUGGCUAAUUAUCCAGAUUAUUUUGAAGCAAUUGCUGAUCGAGCAUACUUGGAGGCAAUUGUAGGCAUUCUACUGCUCACAGUGUUGAUUGCUCUCACACGGAACCAGCUCUCAUACAUGAAGGUAAAUGCAGAUAUUGUUCCUUACAUUUCUACUACCAUGCUUGCUUUUCAGUUCCUUGGAUAUAGCCUUCCACUCAUAUUUGGAACCAAAGUCGUAUUGAAAACAAUGGAACCCAAAGCUUACAACUCAAUUCCUCCAAAUCAUCGUGCAUACGGAAUGUUGAAACUUGUUCAAAGUUUCGAGAAGGCUCUUUUGCUGGUUGUCAUACUACUUACUGCAAGACUUUUCUGUAUGGUAAGGGACUCUAGAAGCAAGACCCUCUCUCAAGGGUCCUCUAGACAAAGAUGUGGUUCAAGAGAGAAAAGGGUCAUGCUGAGUACCAUGGCUAUAUACGCUUUCGGAUUUCUGAUUUGGUUUGUUGCUGGUUAUUAUCCUGAUGUACAUCAGCUAAAUCCCGAAAAGGACAGACAUGGACCGAGAAAUGGGCAAAUGUGGGAAACUCAGAUGGAUGUAAUGACGAAUUUUGUUUACUUUGUUCAAGACUACUUUCUGCUUCCUCAGAUUAUUAGCAAUGGAUUGAUGGAAAUGCCUGGUAAAUCCUUGAAGCAAACCUAUUACCUCGGAUUGACAUCAGUAAGGCUGGUUGUGAUCUUCUUUGACUAUGUAAUGGAUCCUAUUACACAUGCCAAAGUGGAAGAUAUUGAUGUCGACUCGAGUUCAAACUCGGCACAUCUAACGCUCACCAUGGUUCUUGGUCCGAUAACCAUGAUUAUGUGUGCAAUUAGAGUCUACAUCCAGCAGAACUGGAAACACCAGAAACAUAGUUAG